AUGAUAAAGAAGAAGACAAAGAAGAAAAAGAAGAAGAUGAAGAAGGAGAAGAAGAAGAAGAUGAUGAAGAAGAGGUUAGAUAUUGGAAUAGAAACAUCACUCAAACCGCAAAACAAAUCAUGCCCUCUCGCGACGAUGGAAAAAUGUGCUGACGGCAAGCAAUGUAUUCUUGCUUCAGAUAUAUGUAAUGGAGAAGUGAACUGUUUAGAUGAAUCAGACGAGUUUUAUUGUGAUACUGAUGACUGUGCAGACGACCCUUGUGAUAAUGGAGGAACAUGUAACGAUAUGGUCAAUGAUUACAACUGCUCGUGCCUACCUGGUUUCAUUGGAAUAAAGUGUGAAAUAGCCCUGUGUCCUGAAGGUAAUCUCAUAUGUAUGGAAGGAUCCACCUGCUACCCAUCAUCAUGGCGGUGUGAUGGUCUUCUUGAUUGUCCAGAUGGAUCAGAUGAAUAUAAUUGUAGUACAUUUGAGUGUGAACCUGGUCAGAUGAAGUGUGCAAAUGAUAAGCAGUGUAUUCUACCUGACUGGCUUUGUGAUAAUUACACUCAUUGUUCUGAUGGAAGUGACGAGACUGCAUGUGACCAUGAUCCAUUUAACAUGUACCUUGGCGAGACGGACGUUUUCUGGGAUUUCUGCCAUGACCUGAAUGGAACAAGAUGCCUUCAUGAAAGUGUCUGUUUUUUCUCACAUCAAGAAUGUGAUAGAUAUACAGCGUGUCCAAACCACCAUGAUGAGUGGUUCUGUUGUCCUGAGGGUCAAGUGCGGUGUAAAACAGUAGACAAGUGCUAUUCUAUAUUUGGUAUGUGCAAUGGUGAAUACGACUGUCCCGAUCAAAGCGAUGAAGAAUGUGACUUUGGGGAUUAUUUAUAGUAAGAAGUCGGAUAGUGUAUUCAGCCCUCUCCCGUCUAUCAGUGACCAAUCAGUUUUACAUCACAUUACGGUAUAUCAGCAAGUUCUGCUUCAUAUCAGGGAGGAGUGAUUGCAUGGAAGUUCUUAUGUUCCAAUAAUUCCAGGGAAUGCCUCAUAUUUAUUUUAAAGAUUUAAUUAUAUUUCAACCAGUCAACAGUAUCUGCAAAUAUUCUCGAAAACAAAUUUUAAGCGUGACAUUGGUUCAAAUGCAUGUGCAUUGAUCUUUUGUAAUAUUUUUUUUCAGGAUGUAUUUUUUUUCUUUCUCUAAACUCUCGGGCUAAUUAUGUGAAGUUAUAUUACUAUCUUACACUCCCUUAUCUUUGUAAGGAAAAGGAAUUGAGGACAGUGACAAUAUUUCCCUUCAACCCUCGCUUUCCAUUGAAAAGAGAUCGAUUCUAUGUAACAUGCAUGCAUAAGCCAACAUGAGUCCUUCCUCAUACCACGACACCAAAUUUUUGGAUGUAUGUUUUACGCUGUUCUAUAUUACUUUUCACUAACUCAUUUCACACUUACCCUGACCGUUUUCUUAUAUCGGUGCCGGAUGAGCACACUUUCGUUUGAUGAAUAAAGAUCAAAAUAUAUUUAAUUUAUUGGAAAAAAAUAAAUCGAGAGAAUGUUUACAUGAUAUCAGAAGUUUUGUAUAAUUAUAUGUGAGAGCUAAAUAAUUGAUCGCACUAUUAAUUCGAACAAAAACGCUCAAAAUGUUGGUCGAAGAUAAGCCAUCUUGGAUUUUGGACAUACUCAACCACUGACUGUCAUUGUUACCUGUCUCAAUGUAUUACUUGACUCUUGAAUCAUAUUCCUCAAGCGUAAAAUAAAUGAACUAUGUCGGUUUUUAAGUAGUAGCAGCCAUUUUAUACUCCAUUUUUACUCAAACCUUGGGCAUUAAUUUUUAUUAUUUUUUUAAUUCUAUUUUUUGCAAUAACCUUUUUUGUCAGGCUGAACCUCCCCUUUAAACGCCAUCUUGAAAAUAACCGCUUUUUCCUGACGUGGAUUUUGAUAGUAUGAUUUUUAGGAUGUUUUUCCUGGGGUCAAAUACUACAGAAUCAGUUGAAAAAAAAAAACCUUCUGUUGCAAUUUGUGUGGAGUAAAACCAUAAUUGACCCGACAAGAACCGAAUGCGUCCCAUAUCAUUACCCUCUUCAAAAUUCAGAAAAAAAAUAUUUAUAGUUGUGCGCCAUCUUUUGACGACUUCAAAAUAGUAAUGAUAUACAACAUAAAAAGAGAUAACAAUUUGAUAAUAAUUUACAGCGCAUCAAUAUACAUUUAUGGAGGCGAUAUCAAGAAAUUAUGAAUACACAAAUUUAGAAGUGGAAUUUACAAAAAUAUGAAAGAACAAUUUUUUCAGGUUUCCAUUGAUAUCUUACAUGUGCCUCUAACAGUACGCAUAACUCAACUAAUGGAAAUCUUUUGUCGAAGUUAUGGCAGGUAUCAUUUUCACCCAGUUGAGUCAUUGCUUUCUUACUGAGUAUAAAGACUUCAAAGGCUGUGUUAUUGAAGGCACUGUGAAAAUGUUGCUUCUUCUGACGGACUGAUAAGGUUCCAUGCAUUUUAACCUUUUAAGCCGGAACAAAUUUUGGGGAAAAGAGUCUUUACAUGUAGCCUAUCAAAUCAAUAAUUC